GGAAACAUCAGCUGUAUUAAUGUGACUUUGACUCUGCAGAUUGGAGUUGAAAACUGUCGAUGCUUGUCUUGACACUGUGGGCGUCUGUCAGCUUCAACAAUGAGUUCUAGACUGUCUGGAGAUCUGGAGAAAGAGGAGGAGGAUGAAGAGGAAGAGGAGGAAGAGGAGAGCCUGAACCCGACUCAGGUGAAGAUGAGUCAGAUAGUGAUGCCGUGUCACAGUAACCAUCGACAGGAGCUGAGUGUGGGUCAGCUGCUCAAAUGGAUGGACUCCACCGCCUGCCUGUCGGCUGAACGGCAUGCUGGGAGUCCUUGUGUCACCGCCUCAAUGGAUGACAUCCACUUUGAACACACCAUCAGUGUGGGUCAGGUGGUGAACAUCAAGGCAAAGGUCAACAGAGCCUUCAACACCAGUAUGGAGGUGGGCAUACAGGUGACGUGUGAAGACCUGUUCGCUGAUCGUCACUGGAAGGUUUGUCACGCCUACGCCACCUUCGUCACCCAGCGAACAAGCACCGGAAAGAAGGUGAUCUUGAAGCCAAUCGUACCCCAGACUCAGACAGAGCAGGUGGAAUAUAGCGUGGCGGCCGAGAGGCGGAGGGUCAGGAUGCUUCACGAUGACAUCAUCCGCGAUCUGCUCUCCCUCGGAUCCAUCCAGCAGGCUGACAGUUUGACAGUAGAAAACGCAGUUGCAGCAGAGAAGACCAAGGUAGAAAGUGUUGAACUGGUCCUUCCUCCACAUGCUAACCAUCAGGUGAACACAUUUGGAGGACAGAUCAUGGCCUGGAUGGUGAAUGUUGCUACUAUUGCGGCCAGUCGUCUGUGUCAGGCUCACCCGACUCUCCGGACCAUCGACAUGUUCACCUUCAGAGGACCGUCUCAGGUUGGAGACCGACUGCUGCUCAGGGCCAUCGUCAACAACGCCUUCAAAAACAGUAUGGAGGUGGGUGUGCGCGCAGAGGCGUACCAAGAGGAGGGGCCAAACCGACACAUAAACUCCGCCUUCAUGAACUUUGAAGUGCUUGACAAGAAUGGGAAACCAUGUACGUUGCCACGGAUUCGACCUGAACCUGUGGAAGGGGAGAGGAGAUUCCAAGAGGCCAUAGCCAGGAAAAAGAUCAGACUGGACAGAAAAUACAUCAUUUCACGCAAACAGGCGGAGGGUCCUCUGUCUGUGCCCUGGGACCCCAGAAACCAGGUUUAUUUGAGCUAUAACAAUGUUUCAGCACUGAAAAUGUUGGCAGCUCGAAACAACUGGCGCCUGAGUUCAGAGAAAGACAAGGUUCGUCUUUACACACUGGAGGAGAAGUCCAUGUUGUGUGUCAGAGUGGAAUCAGAGGUGGACGUUCCUGCUCACAGAGCUUUUGGUUUUCUGUCUGAGCUCAGAAACAGAACGACCUGGGACACACAUUAUAAAGAAUGUGAGCUGAUUCACCGGGUGGACGACGAAGACUUCCUGUACCGGGUGGUGACCCCGUCAGUGCGUUACGGUGCAGUCGGUUCACCGACCUCAGCCACUAAAGGGGAAGGGAUGCUCCAGGACUUUAUCCUGCUGGCUUCUAAGAGGAAACCAUGCAGUAGUGGAGAUCCAUAUGUCAUUGCUCUGCGGUCAGUUUCUCUUCCAACCUACCCUCCAACAGAACAGUUUAACCGAGGAGAGGUUCUGUGUGCGGGGUUUACCAUCCUAGAAUCCACAAACAACACGUCUCUGAUCACGUACUAUAACCAGGCGUCUCCAGAGGUUCUUCCCUACAUCUCCACAGACAUCGCAGGCCUCUCCUCAUCUUUCUACCACACCUUCUGCUCCUGCAGCCAGUACCUGAUCAAGAACAGACUGAUGUCCGACUCAGAUGAGAAGCACCAACAAAACCAGACCACGAGUCCAGAAAGAUCCUCGUCUGAGAGUGAAACCGAGAGACUGUCAGCAACACUAAACAGUACUCAGCUGUAGACAGACUGGAGGAUGUUAUUAUGGUACUAUGGACACAGGUACUGGUGUGGAAAAGAUUAAGUGCAGUGCAAUUUUAUUUUUUAAAAGGCAUUUGACUAUAAAAGUUUACAGUUAAAUCAAAGAAAAACAGUAUAGGAGUAUUGAAUGUGUUUUAUUUUAAAAUCAAGGCAGAUUCGAUGUUAAAUAAUGAUUUAUACAUUCAGAUCUGCCACUGUUUUAUGCUUUUUCUAGUUACGCUUGUAAAUCUUAGGAAAUGGUCCAUAUAAUUUUAGAUUUACCCAAGUGGGAUUAAAUCUUAGUACAACACUAACAGUAGCGUUAAGUGAUGUAAGGUGUGUCUCAACUUUACAUUCAAAGUGUAGUUAGUAUGAUAUAACAAAAGCCACUUUCUGCUCUGUAGGACUUUGAAUAAAAUGCUUUUUUUAAUCAGA